AUGUCUCGCCCUGCCCAGGGCACAUGCAUCCCCACCAAGACCCAAUACCCCUGCCCAGACAGACGCCUCGCGGACAGGCACCUACAGAUGGGCACCCACGGACCUGCUGUGUCAGGGACGGCUCCUUCCGACCGUAGGGUGACGGACAAUGACGGGCGCUGCCUGCCCCUCCUGGCUCCGGGGCAAGCCAAGGCCAGCACCUACAAACUGCGCUUUGAGACUGCGGCGUACUGGCAGGGGCUGGGGCACACCAGCUUCUACCCCUACGUGGAGGUUGUCUUCACCAUCGUUGACCCAGCCCAGAAGCUGCAUGUCCCACUGCUGAUCAGCCCCUACUCCUAUACAACAUACCGGGGCAGUUAAGGAGCGAGGCACGUCUUCCACAAAGCAGCUGCAGCUCCAGGGAGGGACGCAGGGCACCGUGGGGAACGUAGGAGACUGACACCAUUAAAGGCUUCAAACAGCA